AUGGCUGGUGGCGACACUAAGAAGGGUGCCAGCCUUUUCAAGACCCGCUGUGCGCAGUGCCACACCGUCGAGAAGGACGGCGGCAACAAGAUCGGCCCUGCCCUGCACGGCCUCUGGGGCCGCAAGACCGGCUCCGUCGAGGGCUACUCCUACACCGAUGCCAACAAGCAGAAGGGCAUCGAGUGGAACGACGACACCCUCUUCGCCUAUCUCGAGAACCCCAAGAAGUACAUUCCUGGCACCAAGAUGGCCUUUGGCGGUCUCAAGAAGGAGAAGGACAGGAAGGAUCUGAUUGCCUUCCUCAAGGAGUCCACUGCUUAA